AUGUUGAAUGCCAGUUUCUCGUAUCUAAUGGUGGCAAUAUGCACCCUCUUCAUCUCGUCGUCGCUCAGCGAAUCCUGGGAGAGCCCUGCUGAUUGCUCGGAUCUCGUUAUCUCUCUGCGUGUUUCCUCCUGGAACCGCCAGCUGGAAGGCUCGGUUCUUACCGAUGGCGCCUCGGUGAUCGCCCUGCUCACCGAGCUCGCGCUGACAUCCAACAACUCGACCUGGGCCGAAGAGUCCACUGCGCUGAACAUUAGUGCCCGCUACUGCGAGCCAUCGUGGGCAUUGCCACAUCGAGACGCAAUUGAACUGCUCGUCCAUGGCAUCACGUACACCAAGGACUACUGGUCUGCCCUGGGAAUGCUGGGCGACCAGUCGCGGCUCUACUCUUGGGUUGACUUUGCAACCCGAAGGGGGUACGCCACGCUGUCGAUCGAUCGUGCUGGGGACGGCGCCUCCUCGCAUCCCAAUCCAUUCCACACCGACCAGAUUUCACUGCACGCGGCGGUGGCCAACCGGAUCGCAGUGGAGCUGAAGCGGGGAAAGAUCAUCCAUGGACGGUCGUUUGAAAAAGUCAUUUAUGUCGGCCACUCCCAGGGAUCCGUCAUUGGAGUCGAGCUGGCCGCCACGUACCCGGAUGCCGUUGAUGCCAUGAUGCUUACUGGGUACGCUGCCUCGUCAAACUCGCCGCUAGUCAUGCAAACCGGGCUCGUGCCGGCCAAGGACGCGCUUCCGGCCAGAUUCGGCAGCCUGGAUGACGGGUACUUGGUUACCUCGUCUUUCCCGGCUAGAGAAAAGGCGUUUUACGGCCGCAAUGGUACAUUUGAUCCCCAGGUGUCUGCUCUCGACUUUGACGUCCAACAAACUGUUUCUGUGGGGGAAUUGGCUACAUUCUCCAGAAUAAAGGUGGUGUCCAAUUAUUCCGGCCCCGUGACAGUAAUCACGGGCAACCAGGACGCUGCGUUUUGCUAUGUCGACGAGACAUCGGACGGUUCAGGACCCGGGGGCGAAUGUGGACAGGGAAAGGCAUCGCGGCCAGCCAACGUGUCGUCUCUGUUUCCGGCUGCUAGCAGCUUUUCGGCUACCGUGCUCGACAACAUUGAGCACUGCAUUAAUCUCCAUUACGAGGCGGUGACGGCGUACACGGUGGCGCAUGAUUGGAUAGACGAACAAUACGUACUUUUACCGUUGGACCCAGCUUCGGAUCAUUGGAUUUUCGUUUCCGGUUUCGGAUACCGGUAG